CUACCUAAAGUCUCGAGUAUCCAUCAAAUCCGUUUGCACCUUACAGAAAAUGAAAGGCACGUGAAUUUUUUGCAUGGGAACAUAUAUGCUUUAGAUCGUUUUACAUCCCUCGAUUCCUUUGCUACGAUAUUAACAUAUAUGCUAAGAAAGGUUUCGGUGGGGGUACUACUUUAACAGUAGUAGCACCACAUAUACCACACAUUAAAUGUAGCAAAACAGCUGGGCAAGAUAUGUGGCAAGGAAUCAUUGGGUACAAAGAGGGAAGGCGUCGGACAUCAUUGGAUGCUCUUAAGGAGGACUUAAGGACAGCUUUGAAUUCAUAAAAAGCCUCAAUCUUAAAUAACAGCAAACAACACGCGAAACUAUGAAGAAAAAAGCAUCUUUAGCUUCCAGACUAGACUGAGAACUGAGAAGCCUCUCUCUCUCUCUCUCUCUCUACUCCUGCUAUCAACAACAGCAAAUCCAACUAAUUUUCGUACACAAAUACUACUCUGAACUCAACUCUAUAGCCUUCUCUAUCUCUUCCCCCACUCAACAAUGGCGUCACUAUCCCCACUCUACCUCCUCCUCCUCCUCCUCCUCCUCAUCUUCGAUCAAUGCAACUCCCAAAACACCACAACCACGGAAUGCCUGAAGCUACCUUUGCUUCACAAGAGACCUUUCGUAUCCCCAACCGAGGCUCUCUUAUGGGACUACCAACGCCUCUCAGCCCUCCACAACCGCGGAGACCCCAAGUCCCCUGUAGUCUCCGGCGCCCCCUCCGGCUCCGGCCAGUACUUCGUGUCCCUGCGCUUGGGCACCCCGCCUCAGACCCUCCAACUCGUCGCCGACACCGGCAGCGACCUCGUCUGGGUCAAGUGCUCCGCCUGUAAAACCGACUGCUCCGCUGCCACCCACGUCCCCGGAUCCGCCUUCCUCGCCCGCCACUCCUCCACCUUCUCCCCCCACCACUGCUUCGACUCCCCGUGCCGGCUCGUCCCCCACCCGCCACGCUCCCACUGCAACCACACCAGCCGGCUCCACACCCCUUGCCGCUACCAGUACUCCUACUCCGACGGUUCCCUUACCAGUGGCUUCUUCUCCAAGGAAACGACGACGUUGAACACCAGCGACGGGAGAGAGGCCAAGCUGAAAAGUCUGGCAUUCGGGUGCGGGUUUCGGGUUUCGGGUCCGAGUCUUUCCGGCGCGAGCUUCAAUGGGGCCCAUGGAGUGAUGGGUCUUGGCAGAGGACCCAUUUCUUUCUCGUCCCAGCUGGGUCGCCGAUUCGGCAACAAGUUCUCGUAUUGUCUCAUGGACUACACCAUAUCUCCUCCUCCGACGAGCUUUCUGACGAUCGGGCACAACGUAGUUCCAAGAGUCUCUAGAAUUAGCUUCACGCCCUUGCAGACCAACCCUCUGUCUCCCUCAUUCUACUACAUUGGCAUCCAGAGCAUCUCUGUCAACGGCACCAAAUUACCGAUCAACCCCUCCGUCUGGUCCGUCGACAAGCUUGGAAAUGGCGGCACCAUCAUGGACUCCGGCACCACGUUGACCUUCUUAGCCGAGCCGGCUUACCGUCAAGUUUUAGCGGCGUUUAAACGGCGAGUGAGGAGGCUACCGAGUGUGGCUGAGCCCACACCGGGAUUCGACCUCUGCGUGAACGUGUCGGGGGUGUCGAGACCGAAUCUUCCCAGGCUGAGGUUCAGCCUCGUCGGAAACUCGGUGUUCUCGCCGCCUUCGAGGAACUACUUCAUCGAAACGGCGGACCAAGUCAUUUGCCUGGCGAUUCAACCCGUCAACUCGGAGACCGGGCCCUCGGUGAUAGGGAAUCUGAUGCAGCAAGGUUUUCUCUUGGAGUUUGACAGGGAAAGGUCGCGGAUCGGUUUUUCACGGCACGGCUGCGCUCUACCGUGACCGUGAGUGAGUGGAUGAAUCGCUGAACUCGUUUUGAUAUUUUUUUAAAACGUCAAUAUCAACAAUUCACGAUUUUUAUUGCUACAAUAUAUUAUUAUAAACGUAAUUAUAUCUUGGGAGAUUGUGUGAAUUUUGUCUCUUAGGCUUGGAUGCCUUUUUUGUAGUGGCCAAUGAAUAGGAAAGUGAAAGUUGCUUGUUCUUU